AUGGGGACAGCUGAUCAGACAGCUUGUCAGUCGAGAUCUGUGGUCUCCGGGAAGCCGAAAUCUCGACAGAGACAUAUAAUGGCUAUAGAUAAAAAUUCUAUGGACUACAUUUUACGUUCAGCAAUAGCAGGAGGAAUAUCUGGUUCAUGUGCAAAGACUCUGAUAGCUCCUUUAGAUCGGAUAAAAAUUCUUUUCCAAACCUCGAAUCCGCACUAUACUAAGUACGCAGGGUCUCUUAUGGGUUUAGUGGAAGCUGCAAAGCAUAUUAGGAUCAAUGAUGGUAUAAGAGGAUUUUUCCAGGGCCAUUCCGUGACAUUAAUUAGAAUUUUCCCAUAUGCUGCUGUGAAAUUUGUCGCAUAUGAACAGAUACGAAGUGUAUUGAUACCCAGUAAGGAAUACGAAACGCAUUGGAGAAGACUAAUGAGUGGUUCUUUGGCGGGUCUUUGCAGUGUCUUUUUAACUUAUCCUUUAGACCUGAUACGGGUUCGAUUGGCGUAUGUGACAGAUCAUCAUAGGGUCAAGCUCGGCAGGGUUGUGCGAAAUAUCUGGGCAGAGCCGGUGUCUACUACAUUAUCCACCAAAUCGUAUAUACCGAAAUGGUUUGGUCAUUGGAGCAAUUUUUAUCGAGGAUACAUUCCAACGGUCCUCGGAAUGAUUCCUUACGCAGGUGUUUCAUUCUUUGCGCACGACCUUAUAUGUGACAUAUUAAGAGUACCUUUCCUGGCACCAUAUUCAGUGGUUGCACUAUCUGAGGAUGACGAAGCAAUACGUAGACAGAAACAUCAGAGGGUACCUCUCAAGACGUGGGCAGAGUUGGUGGCCGGUGGGUUGGCUGGGAUGGCAUCUCAAACAGCGGCCUACCCAUUCGAGAUUAUAAGAAGACGACUACAGGUUAGUUCACUGGCACCCCAGGGCAGUCACGAGCGAAAGUUCCAAUCCAUUAACGGCAUAGCAAAGAUUAUUUAUAAGGAGCGUGGUUGGCGUGGAUUCUUCGUCGGCUUAAGUAUAGGCUACAUUAAGGUGACACCAAUGGUCGCCUGUAGCUUUUACGUCUACGAAAGGAUGAAAUGGCAUUUGGGCAUAUAA